AUUUGUUCUAUCCGUCAUAUCCCAUAUACAAAUAAGCAUGCCAGAAGAAUAAAUGUAGUAGAUUAAAAUAGAGCCAAAAGUUCUUAAGGAACAAGAUUACAAUCAGCAUCUAAUUAUAGAUGUUCAACAUAAUAAAACAACAAUCUAACACCAAAUUAAGGCAAUAUGCAAUUAUUUGAAGUAUUAACAGAUAUCUUUUGAAACUUAGAUUCAACCAAAUGUUGGCCAAUUCAUCAAGGUACUAAUUAUACCAACUCAAUUUAGAAUUAACAAUCAUAGUUUGUCUCAUCAUAAUUAAGAAAAAGUCCAUCCUUUCGAGUUAAAAAUUAUCAUCCUUAAGAAAUUGUUAAUACUGUAGUUUAAUAAACAAACUAAAAUUAAAUUCAAUCCAAGUAAUGACUCUUUAAAUCAUAGCAAUGAAAAAAUUGAAAGAAUUAAUCGUAUUAAUUUUUUGGGAGAUCUUCUUCAAUAGAUGAGUGGAAACAAUUAACAAGCUAAAUUAUCUAUUGUUACUGAAUUAACAACAGUCCCAAAGAAAACAGCUGCAAUAUUAAAUUUUUAAAAUGAAAAAGAGGAAAAUAUUGAAGAAUUACAUUUUUAUUUAGUUGAAUCAUAAUAAAGAAUCAAAUAACAUACCUAUGUUUUAGAAUAAUAAAAAUAUCUUAGUUGA